AUGGCCGCAGUGAUGAAGACUCUUGCCAUUGCCUCGCCGGUCUCGGCACAGGCACAGCCCCGUCGAUGUCUCGCAGGUGCCCCUAGCCAACAGAGCCUGCAGUCCUCCUUCAACGGCGUGUCCCUGCAGUGCCGGCCGGCAUUCCCACCACGGCCGUGCUGCUCCCGGUCAUCGUCGGUGCAGGUGGUGAUGAUGGCGAAGCCUUCGAUCCAGUUCAUCCAGGGCACGGACGAGCAGACGAUCCCGGACGUGCGGCUGACCAAGUCCCGGGACGGCACCAACGGCGUGGCCAUCUUCACGUUCGACCAGCCGUCGGUGUUCGACUCGUCGGCGGAGCUGGGGGACAUCACGGGGUUCUACAUGAUCGACGAGGAGGGCGUGCUGCAGUCGGUGGACGUGAGCGCCAAGUUCGUGAACGGGAAGCCGGCGCGGGUCGAGGCCAAGUACGUGAUGCGCACGCCCCGGGACUGGGACAGGUUCAUGCGCUUCAUGGAGCGCUACUCCCAGGCCAACGGCCUCCAGUUCGUCAAGAAGUGA